CAAUUUUCUUUUCUCUCAGGAGGAUAAAAAUAUGGUGCAUGGGAACAUUUGCUGCAAGAACGUGCUUGUCGCGAGGAAGGGGCUGGAGGAGGGAAGCAGCCCUUUCAUCAAAGUCAGUGAUCCUGGCAUCAGUUUUACUGUGCUCACUCGAGAAGAACGUGUGGAGCGGAUUCCCUGGAUCGCUCCAGAGUGUGUCCAGAAUGUGAACAAGUUAAGCCUGGGUGCUGACAAAUGGAGCUUUGGGACAACUGUUCUGGAAAUCUGCUGUCAUGGAGAGGUCCCACUGAAGGAGCGAACACUGUCUGAGAAAGAGAGAUUCUAUGAGAUGAAAGGGAAGCUUCCAGAACCAUCCUGUAAAGAGCUUGCUGACCUGAAUAGCCAAUGUCACAGCUACGAGGCAAACCAACGGCCAUCUUUCCGGACAAUUCUGCGGGAACUCACAAUGCUGCAACAGCAAAAUCCGGACAUUUCCUGUGAAAAUUCAGUGCCUACUGUUUCCGACCCCACUGUCUUCCUGAAACGCUACCUGAAGAAGGUCCGAGAUCUUGGAGAGGGUCACUUUGGUAAGGUGGGUCUGUACAUUUAUGACCCAUUUAAUGAUGGCACGGGGGAAGUUGUGGCAGUGAAAUCGCUGAAGUCCGAGUGUGGGGAGGAGUUGCACACGAGUUGGACACGGGAGAUCGAGAUUCUGAAAACAUUGUACCACGACAACAUUGUCAAAUACAAAGGCAGCAGUAGCGAGCAAGGAGGUCAGAUUGUACAGUUGAUCAUGGAGUAUCUGCCUCUUGGCAGUCUGCGAGAUUACCUUCCAAAACACGCUGUCGGACUUGGACAGCUUCUCUUAUUCGCAAAACAGAUUUGUCAGGGCAUGUCCUAUCUCCAGUCGCAGCGGUAUGUGCACCGUGAUCUGGCUGCCAGGAAUGUCCUAGUGGAAAAUGAGAAUGUUGUGAAGAUUGGGGACUUUGGGUUGGCCAAAGCAAUCCCUGAACACCAGGACUAUUACCGAGUAAAGGACGAUGGAGACAGCCCUGUGUUCUGGUAUGCAGUUGAUUGUCUUAAGGAAGGAAAAUUCAACUUUGCUUCUGACGUUUGGUCGUUUGGAGUCACAUUAUAUGAACUUCUAACGUACUGUGAAACCCGCCAGAGCCCACCAGCAAAAUUCAUCGAGAUGAUUGGAGUGACGCACGGACAGAUGACGGUGGUACGACUAAUUGAACUGCUGGAGAGGGGGCAGCGUUUGCCUUGUCCAAAGUCUUGUCCCUUGGAGGUUUACCAGCUGAUGAACAAGUGUUGGGAAUCUGAUCCAGUUCGACGUCCCCCAUUUCAGGAGCUGAUUCCAGUCUUUCAGAAAUUGUAUGAAAGAUACAAAAGGAUUGAAACUUCAAACAUUCUCCAGAAGUUAUAAACAGCAACUGCCCUGAUCAACCUCUUUCUAUCCUAUUCCUUGUCUGACUUUGUAGAAUUAAUUGGCAGCAGCUGAUAACUGAAUAUUUAAUUUGAACCCCUCUCCGUCUUUCUCUGCUGUCCUCCCUCCUUUUCUGUUUGUGUCCCUCUGUUGCUGUGCUGUCCUCUCUCACAAUGCUGUUGUUCCCCCCACUAUGUCUCUGCUGUGUUCUCUCUCUCUCCCUGUGCUGCUCCCCUUGUGUCUCUGUACUGUUCUCUCUCCCUGUGCUGUCUUCUCCCUCACUCACUCUCUGUGCUGUCCUCUCUCUGUGCUCUCCACUCUCUCUCUUUCUCACUGACCAUUCCCCCCAACUUCUCUGUUUCUGUACUGUCUUCACCUCUUGCUGUACUCCUGUCUCGUUCCAACCCCUCCCCCUCCAUCUCUUUCCUGAACCUGUGGAUGUGUUGGAGAGCGUCACAGCUAAUUAGCGGUUGUGAAGAGAUGUCGCUGUGUGGAUUCGUACACAGCAAGCUGUCUCAAAUCCAAGAGAACCAUUUAGAUUUCUUGGCAAGGGAAUGGUUAUUGGGCUUGCAGAACUUUACAGCCUAAAUGAUCAAUGUGACUUUGGUUUAAUGUCAGCUGAAAGCUUUGGUCUCUCGUCGGCAUUGUUAAUGUGCUGUCAGGAGUUGGAGUGGAAGAAGCUGAAGGAUCCAACUGUGAAAAGGAUUGUUGGUGAAGGUUCAUGUUUUUAAUCCCUUCCCCCCCCCCCCUCUCAGAACCUCUCCAGUUUGAAUUAGAUCUGAGAUGGAAAUUAAGAGAUACAGAUAUCGGUAUUCAUCUAACGCUUUGCUUUUCAUAUCUACCGUAAUGUAGUUACACAGAAUGGCAGCAGCUGUUAAAGCCACUGAAUGGAAAUAUAUUUCAACUCUUCCCUGUAAUGGGCGCCUCAGUACUGAUGAGAUUCUGAUUUCUUGUUGAAACUCAGAUGUUUUACACUGUUGAAAUUUAGUUUGGUACAAUGAUGGCUCAAGUUACAAUCACAUUAUCUUCAGAAUAAUAUAGAACGUUACAGCACAGUAUAGGCCUUUCAGCCUUCGAUCUUGCGCUGACCCGUGGAACCAAUCUGAAGCCCAUCUAACCUACACAAUUCCAUUCUCAUCCAUAUGCCUAUCCAAUAACCAUUGAAAAGUGAAGACAAGAAAUGAGGGCUCGUCUGGGAUCACUGAGAAUCCAGCGAGAAUCCUAUCCAGUAAUGCUCGGCUGGCUUGCUGUUGAAUUAUUUUUGCUUUGCAGUAUUUUGGGUCGUGUUACUAAGUGCCAGUAGACCUAUACAUUUUGCAUGUUUCUGAUUUAUUGAUUUCAGUCAGUGUGCUUUACUGCCAAGUCAGUUUUUGUCCCGCUUUAACUUAAAUGAGAGCAACUCAGACAUUAGCUCAGUAACCUUGGUCCUUGAUGGGACGUUUGGAGUUGGAUUGCUGACUGAAGCCAGGGAGAUGGACUAAUACAUUCUCCCUGAACUGGUACCACACAGGAGGCAUCUUGUUAUCGUAUCAAACCAUAGCUGCCAGUAUUAUCAAAAGCACAGGACCAAUUGUAUGUGAGCUUCCAUAUCUCUAAAGUGGCUGAGUUGAGGGGAGAAGUUCUUGAGUCUGAUUUCACCAGGCAGUGAUACAUCAGCCCUCGUUUCCUAAAUUUCACGGUAAUUUGUACUAUUUACAGAUGUGGUCAUGUAUAUACUGACCCACAGCAUCUUUUUCUGUUGGUAUUCAGACUUUUUAUGCCAUGUGACAAUGAAAAUGGUGAUGCCAGUCCUGAAGUGACAGUCAGACAUGUCAAAUUGUGGAAUUAGCAUGAUGUAACACUCUUUAACACUCCAAGACCAACUCACCAGGAAAACUGCUCACAAGGUGGAACUAAGCUCAGGAAUAUUAUGGAAAUACAAUUGAAAUGAUCUUCAGGUGGAAUGGGAGAUGCGUGCCAAGUACUUCUGCUCACCAUUACAAUGGCUUUCAGACUCGCUGACUCUUGACCUGACAGUUUUCCCAUUGGAUGGUUCAGUUGUUUAGUAAGUGGCCCCUGCUGAUGGAGGGGUGCAGGUCCCAAUCGUAUCGCUCUGACUUUGGGUGUGUUGCUAGGUUUUUCAUACAAUUUGAAUGAACACUGACUCUGCCAGCCUCAGGGGUAAGUAUAUCACUUUCCAGCACAGCACACUCUAGGAGUGAUAUGUUCCUGCUUCCCCGGACACUCAGUCUCUCGUUUGAUUCAGUGUUCAUUCUAAAGACCAAUGAGAAGAGGGUGUAAUUAACGGACUGGAGUAUGAUCCUCAUAGCUCAUUGUUUUACAAUAUUAACUGACACAAGAAGGCAUCUCUAAACAAUUCAUUCAACUGCUUAUAUUUACCUGUAUUAUCCAAACUGUGUUUUCUGCUUUGAGAUGCUAAGAAGCAAAUGCUAUGUGACUGCUCUUUGGAGUUGAGUUAGUCGAGCAGACAGUAACUUCCCACCCUCAAGGAGCAAAGUGUGGGCGAGGUCCCUCAAGGACUCACUCGUCAUCAUCAUCAUGGUGAGUUUGCUGAGUUGAGGAGGAGUGAAUAACUGUGACUUAUCUCUUCAGAAAGACGUUGUUCAGAUUGAGAGAGUUUUAGGUCUCCAGAAAAUUCUUUGCAUUACUGUGUUGCUGAACAGGUCAAUUCAGGCACAGCGGCCUGAUCAAAGUUUGUGCGAAGAUUUGUAGCUCGGGUGCUCGUUAUUGUGGUUCUGUUCGCCGAGCUGGAAGUUUUUGUUGCAAACGUUUUGUCCCCUGGCUAGGCGACAUCAUCGUGCUUGGGAGCCUCCUGCGAAGCGCCUGAAUUAAAAAGGAUCGCAAUGUAUAUAAGUGGUUAGAACUGGACUCAAGAUGUAUCUUAAACACCAAAACAAAUUACCACAAAUCGCUUAUGGGACUUUUUAAAAUUACUUUUCAUUUACCUGACCUGAUUGUGAAUGAUGGACAUCAUGUAUCCCAUAUUACAUUAUUUGCACUUAAAUACAUGGCCAAUUUAUUGUUGAAACAGUGUCAUUCUUAUGUUCAGUGAUGGACGGAGAUUACCCGACUUUGGAAUACACAUGUAUGUCUGUCUGUGUCUCUCUCUCUAGAUUUUCUCAAAUAGACUUGCACUUUUUAGGAAAGAUCAGGCAAGAUUGCCAGGGUCUUACCUUACCUUUCUCUCUUGAAAGCAUUUAUCUUAAAGUAUCGAUGACCAUUUGUUCUCCCAGGAAUGUGAUUGAAAUGUUAUGUGAUUAUGCCAGUUAGCAUGUUUUGCUGGUGUCCAGAGUCCUCUAUUAACCUCAUUCUUUCUGUUUUACACUCAAGUUUUAGCUCUAUUUUCCUGGACCACUUAUUUAUUAUAACUGAAUUACAUCGAACUUCAUUUAACAGUGGAUUACAUUAAAGUAGCACCAUUUUUGCUUUUGUAUCAGAAUAUUCAUAUCUUAAUGCAGCUGAAAGUGUAAUUGUAAACUCUUUUCCCAUGGUGUUACAUCGACUGGAUCAGCACCUCUGGCCAUGUUGGGACAAACUUUAGAAAUCUCUCGUCCUGCUGUAGGAGUGUCUGUUCAUGAGCAUUACUCUUGUCAGCUUCAUAUCUACAUUAUGAUGUGUCAGGUCAGAACACGAUAGAAAAGCUUUUUAGUGAUGAAUGUGUUCCUAUCCAUCCUCAAAUUAGCAUGUUGCUAUUCUCCCCCUAAUCUGCACAAGCGCAUGGGUGAACUUGACUUUAUACUUCUGAAGAACAAAUGAAUUUUAUUGUUGAUUACUUUAACCUAUGUUCUCAUCAUUUGGGAUUGAGUGCUGAAGUAGAAGUAAAUGGUUUUCAGUUUUAGUUCUGCAUCAGGGAUUUUUUUAUAUAAAAGGGAAAAAGUAAUUUUUGAGCACAGAUUUCAAAACAGUCUUUUCAAGAAAGCAAGCUACCAGAGAAGUUCACUGAAGCAAUGUUCACAAUGUUGAAUAUUUUGUGAACAGAAAAACACCUGGCCACGAGCCACAAUUGGGUUUCAUUGAGAAGAUUGUCACGCGAGGCCAUUGGAGCCUUUGGCCGGCUCCCUUCUGUUGGAGCUGGAAGGCAGUCUCAAACUGUUCUAACCAUUCAAAUAGACAGGACUUUUCUUCAGCUUCAGCUAAGGAAGUCUAUAGGAAUAGGUGAUGUCUGUGAAUGUUGAGGAGAAACUGUAAUGAAGAGAAUCCCCUUUAGCAGGAGGAAGAGAAGUAAACCCAUCAAUAUACUUCAAUGAGUUCAACUCCAUCAGUUGUGUAAGAAAUUACAAGACUUCAGCUGAGUGAUACUUCACUUGGGUUGAAUAUCUGGAAAGGGUAUUAAGGGACAAAGAAGGAAAUUUUUGACUUAAGAUCUUUCCAAUUGGAAUUCUAUUGUAUAUAUAACUUUUUUUGUUUGAUGUAAUAAAUUUAUCUUCUUUUGUUAAAAAGUACAUUGACAGCCUCAUGAAUAUGUUCAGUGACUGACCAGCACGGAAACCAAGCUGCAAAAAUAAAACUUAGUCUAUCAA